AAAGAGUCUGAAGCACUUCAGUCUGCCGUCACUGGAGCCAGAUAAUAACUGGGACUGCUCUGGAUGGAUUUACAGUCUCUCUCUCACACACACACACACACACACACACACACACACGCACACACAUAUAUACAAACCAGGUGCUAAUCAGAACAGAACAGUGCCAAGAGGAGGGAAAAGAGGAAAAGAGGGUCAGAUGGUUCCCCCUGUCUUUUUUCUUCGACGUGCAUGAAGCAGAGAAGCACCUGGAAAAGCCUUUGCUCCCUUUCUCUCUUCACUGAGAACCCUAGUUGGGCUGCUGCUGCUAUUCGGACUGGUCCAGUGGUCUAGGGAAAAGGAAAAAAGACAGAAAAGCAGAGGGGGGUGAGAGGAGAAAUCCAAAGACAGAGAGUGGGAGGGAGGGAGGGGGAGAGAGAGAGAGAGAGAGAGAGAGAGAGAGAGAGAAGCAGGGACUGGAUGGAUCCCUCUUUUUCCCUGUUACUCUACAGGCGCUCAUUCAUUUGUUCAUGCCCGACCGACGACAGUAUGCCCAGCUCAGACUCACGCGGCGGAGCUCGACAGACACUUCCAAAUAGAGGACAGGAGGAGUGAGACUUUGUGCUCCGGCCGCGCUCUCACCGGGACAGCAUCCGUGCGUAACCCGACAUCCAGGACCAGACACUUCUAUACCCACUUCCCAACAAGCCUCUCCAUGGGUCCAAAACCCCGCGAGGCGCCCGGGAUGGCGUGCAGCGCGUGUUAUUAUCUAGUCAUCAGCUCCACACACCUGACCAAUGGACACUUUCGACGCGUCAAGGGAGUUUUCAGAGGACCACUGUGUCCAACAGCAAGCAGUGACUCACCGGAGCGUACAGACGGGGCUUUGGGUUGCUCAUUGGAGGAUUUGAAGGCUCUUUUCUACUGCGAGCUGUGUGACAAGCAGUACCUCAGACACCAGGAGUUUGACAACCACAUCAACUCCUACGACCACGCACACAAACAGAGGCUGAAGGACCUCAAGCAAAGGGAGUUUGCUCGCAACGUGGCCUCAAAAUCAUGGAAGGACCAGCGCAAACAGGAGAAGGCUGUCAGACGGCUGCACCAACUAGCACAGCUGCAACAGGAAACUCAGCGAGACUCAGUGAGGACAUACGGGCUAAGAAGUAGAGUCAGGGCCGCGUGCCAACAGCGAGAGAGAGACCACAGUCCUGAAGAAAAACCUGAACCUUUUAACCACAUCCAGCGAUCGUAUGCUACGCAAACCGCCACAGCUAGUCUCAGUAAACAACCUGAAGAUCCAUGCCGAUCUCCUUGCCAAGCAACGUUGGCUACCGCAGAGUCCACGCUAAUCACACAUCCAGAAUCCAAUACAGACCCCCAUGUGGUAAUCCAGCCAUCUUGUACAGGCUCAUAUCCCCAGCUGCCUCUCCCUGAGCGGGAGAGAGUAGGUGGCAGACUUGGGGUGUCCUUCUGCUUCUCCCGCAGGGGACCCAGGCUGGAACCAUCUGCCUCUGUCUUCUCAGACCUCGAGGAGGAAGAAAGAGAAAAGAGGGAGCAAAUGAAAGAAAGGAUAAAAGAAAUAAUGGAUGAUACUGACAGGGAAAUUGGGGCAGCAGAGGAGAGGAAGCACUGCAUGAGUGAAAGGCAUAAGUCUAACUCUGACAGUGUUGGACCAAGCGAAGCAAGGUCAAUCCCUGAAGAGACAGUUAGAGAAGAGGAGGAGACUGCAAAAACAGACAUCGUAAAAGAACACUCUCUUACUUCCACAGCAGCACCUAAUAAUCACACCCACAAUUCAUUAUUCUCACCAUCACAGACCCAGGUGACCGUAUGGGCCAGAGAAGUAGCAGGGGCACACAUGGACACAGAAGAGACAGACAGUGAUACGGAGGUAAAGGCACAAACAGAAGCAAGGAGGGAGGAGAGUGAGCACAUGUCUGUGCUAGGGAAAGAUGGCUCCACCCAGCUGAGAUGGCCUGUCAGUUUACUUAAGUUCACUAAGUGUCAACCGCACAUUUCCUUCAGCUGCAACCCACUCCGCUUGAAACCCCAACGACCAGAACAACUCACAGAUGAUCUGCAGGCGUUACAACAGAAUCAGCUGUGUGCUCUCGCAGAUCAAUCAAGCUCCUGCGUGUCAGUUACUCUCAUAUCAGAUGCUCACUCCAGCUCACAAAGAAAGACAAGACACGAGGUGAGUGCGCCGGAACAGACAAUUGCAGAGGAGAAUUCCAAGGCAGAGCAACACAUUGAUGUGGAGGCGAAAGCACACCUGUUCCAAAAAAAAAACCCAUCGGAAACAGGGGCUGAAAGAGAAAGAUGCAGUUUAAGUGUGGAGAACUGUGUGAGGGCAGCCUCCCAUCCAUUUGACCCUGCCAAUAGUGACAGCUCUGACACAAACUCCCAGAAUCCUCUGGGAGGAAGAUUAGGGGUUGCAAGAGGGAUAAGGGAAAGAGCCAUCACAGCCCUGAGCUGCAAAUUAGAGUCUGUCACCCAGUCUGGCACACAGGGGAUGUGCAUUAGCCCAUCCAGGUGUGAGUGUAGGAGUGAGGCAACGUCUGAGUGUGCCGGUGCUCCGGCGCUGUACGUGCGUGCCUCAGAAGUGUCACGCAAAAAGAGGAAAGCCAGCACAAAGAAAUACAACCUGGGAAAGAAGAAGCGGAGCGAAGAAGAAAAAGCUUCAAAGAAGUGCCAAUCAACAAGGUGCAAAGUGAGGAGUGUUGUCUCUACAGUCUCCACCGUCAGAGAAGGGAGGGGAAAGGCUGCAGGGAGCUGGGGGAAGAAACGGAGGCAAAAGCAACGUGGGGAAGUGAGGAUGAGGCGUGGGGUGCAGAGAGCAGGGAGCAGUUGUCUCCAGGGGAGGUGUGAGGCUAAGCCAGUAUCUGUCUCUGUCAGGAAGAAGAGGCCCCACAGGAGCCACAGCACUGACUCCCAGUCACAGCCAGAAGACUGCGGCGCUUACUCCGGACUCACCAGACACACAGCAGACAGAGACACAGAGGGGGAGGGAAAGCGAGACGGCGUUGCAGUGCCUUUUCCUCGGCGGUCUCACUUCUCCUUACACUCCUUCUCACCAGGAUGCGACUCAAAGCAGUUUUGGGAAAAGGGUCACCAUAGCAACCCCAGGAGUUUCAUUGACGGCUGUUACCGUGACAACAACUGUGGUAGCGGCCCAGCGAGAAAGAGAGAACUCCCCCACAAGGACAGGAAAUUCAUUCAUAGCAGGAGGAAGAGUUCGAGGCAUUGUGAAGUCUGGGAAGAGAGGGGCAGGAAAAUGGGAGGGAAUUCAAGCAGCAGACACAGAGACCUAAUAUCAGAUACAGAGCAGUGGGAGUGGAUAAGAGGAAAGUGCACAGGAGGUAAUGAGCAGGGCAGGUUAAUGACGGGGUGGAGAUCAAGAAAUAGAGCAGUAGAGAGGGAUCAGGUGGUCAGGUUUAGCCCCAGCACCAGCAGCUGGGGCAGAAGAGGCAGACAUGUUAGCACAGAGGAUGCAGACUGGGACAGGUGCAGUGUGGACAGAUGGACAUGGGGCAGCAGCGACAGCUGGGAGGACAGGGGAGCGCACAACUCCACGUUAGCCUCCAGAACAGGGGCUGACAGCAGAGACAGCCUGGGCUGUGUGUGGAGAAGCACAGGCACCAGACCCUCAAACUCCAGACACUUCUCCAGCCCUGAGUGGUGGACAAGCAGGCAGACGUACAGCCCCCAGAGUGUGAUCAACACAAGAGCAAGCAGAUGUUUUAGCCCACGCUCCUGCAGCCCCUGCAGUAGCACUAGCGUCUCCGAGCUGAGCUGGGAGUGGAGCAGGAGCAGCACCUGCUCAGAGGUUACAGUAGACGGGCUGAAGUCAUCAGAAGCGACAGGUCUCUCAUUGGAGCCCCCACAAGAGGCAAAAAGGCAGAGGAGGAGUUCCAUACCCACUACACCCGACAUUACAUCUUGUUCCUCCGCUCCCACAGUUCCAGGUCUGAAAAUGCACCAAUGUCAAACAACAAAUCCUUUUCAGCUAGAAGAGGCAAAUUUACAGUCUGAUCUCACCCCUGGAUCCGCAGCCUCUGUCACUACAGGCAGCUCAGGCAUAUCUCUUCAAGGACUAUCCCCCAGUAAGUCUUUACCACAGAAACAAGCUAGAACGUUGUUUCUGCCCCUCAUUGGAAAACUACCUGCGAUGCAGAGAAAAGCCAGAAGGAAAAAGUGGCUGCUGGAGAAGAGUCAGGACAAAGAGGGAGAAGAGGAAGAGGAAGCUAAGUGUAUUGGAGUAGGCCCAGAAGCAGUCAUUGACAGUCGGCAGCAUUCUCUAGACAUGGCUGAGUCAAAGCCCAGAAGCAUGCCAAAUCUCUGCCCAUCACAGUUUAGGACUGACGACAAGCAGACAGGUGGAGAGACAGCAGCGCCAAUCAGCUUUACUGCUGAGGAGAUUGACAAAUAUCGCCUCCUGCAAGAGCAGGCAAGAGAGCACAUGCAGAAAGUUUUGGAACAGAUGCAGGAGAGUGCAGAGGCACACAAAGAGACAAACUACACACACACCACUCAAGGAGAGAACUGUGGAACUGCAGGGGAACAAUACACGCCUGUACCUGCAACCCUGCACAACCACUCACAGCCUCAAACCCAGUCAAUUCACACAGACAUGAUGCAGACACAAGCACAGCACGCCCUUCAGGACAGGCUCCCACUCCUACAUGUGCCCGCACACGAGAGCUUUACUCAGCCCAUGACUCUGGGUGUCCCUAACCUCCCCCCUCUGCCAUCCUCCCUCCUUCAUCACAUUAUUUUACAACACACAGGCCUCUCCAUGCCCCCGUCCUCCUCAUCCUCUUCCACCUCAGGACCGUCCCCUGCCAUCCAUCCACAUCGUGCCAUCCAGCCACAUCCACUUCCACCCAUCCACCCCUCCCUCUCUCAUCACCUUCACCUCUCUCCUUUCUCCAUCUCCUCCCUGUUUCCCUCCAUCCUGCUGUCCCAUCAACCCAUCACUCUCCUCCCGCAGUCUGCUGCUUUCCACGCCACGCAACUGGCUCCCCUCUCCCCAGUAGCACUUCAACCCUUGAACCCUCAGCCUUUCAUGGACAGAGUCUGGCCAUUGAGGUUUCAACAGAAGGCGCUAUGAUUUUCACAGAGCGGCUGCCAUGUUUAUUAAUCUUCCUUGGCAACACGGACUGGUGAGAGGAGGAACUUUGUGUUCAAAGAACAAGGACAUGUCAGUGCUUUAUACUUAAGUAUCGACUCCAACUCUUCUGCUCAUAUGCACUCACAAAUUAAAGUUUGUUUCACUGUUUAGCCUCUGCUGUGUUGCACCAGACAGUGAGAAGAGAAGGCUUUGAUCUUUUCCUUUUCAACCAUUUCUCAUUCAGGCCCAGAAUAAAAGGAAAAGUGCACCUGCAAUUCAAAGACAAACUGGGCUGGUGUCAUCCUCUCUGUUUCCUGCUGAACCACACACAGAUCAACUGCCUUUUGAAGUAUCAUUCAUGCAGGGAGAGGGGUGGGGGUCACAAUAAAGUGACACUCUAUCCCUAUCUCCAUUUCAUACAGGUUAUCUUACUCUGAGUGGGACUUUCAACAAACAUAAAUAACAUUCAAGGGACUGGGGGCAGACUACAGUCAUAUUACAACUGUGUGUGUGUGUGCGUGCGUGCGAUAGAGAUAAUUAUAGAAAGACACACACAUCAUAAGAGCUCAUUUACAUAUCUGACAUCUGUUUUGUCUCUAUAGUGUAAAUAUCCUGACAGUGAGUGAUGACACUAGAUUCACAGGAAACAAUACCAUAAAGGGUGAACUUAACCUUUAGCAGUAGAUGAAUAUUAGACACUUGGUGGCGUCAGUGACACAAGCACUCCAGAAACCUUUCAAAUUCGUCCGUGGCAAGACAUUUUUCUUUCAUGUAGCAUUUAACAAAUCAAUUGUUGGGACAGCGAUGAAUGAACCUGAGCUGUAACACUAAACCUGGGUUGAAAAUAAUUUUGUCUCUCCGCCUGAUUCGCAAUGAUUGUGCAACAUUUUACAACAUCACCCACAUACAGAAUUUAUACACUGUGGUUUAUCAUUUUCUCACAGUGAGAGUCCAGAGUCUUUAUAAGAUGACAGAGCAGUGGUUCCAAGCCUUUCAAUGUUAUGAUCCUUCAAUAUGAUGUAAUGUGUGACCCUUUGUCAAAGUGUUCAGAACUGUACGCAUCGAAGAUGUUGGAGCAUGAAAAAAAUAAAUAAAAUAGGGAGUAUUAUUAUUUUUUUUAAAUCACAGUACUUUUCCAAAGAAGAAGAAUUUUAAUUAUUAUUUCCUACACUGCUUUAUUUUGUGACCCCCUGUCCCCAGAUUAAAAACGAGGUGGUGUGACAAAGUAAUGUUGAAAAUUGUAAAGCCUGUGUUUAUUUAAAAAAAAGCAAUAUAUUCAAUAAA